AAACUUCAGGAGGAACAGAAAAAAAGGCAGAAUAAUUGUGUCUCGUCUCAGAACGUGGGAGCAGUGUGGAAGAAGGAGAGGAGAAAUGUGCUCAUGUGGAAGUACUUGGGGUGAUUUGUCGGAAUCACAGCAUUCCAUCUGAGUCAAACAUUUAUUGGUGAAAAGUUCUCUUUUGCUUUCAUCCUCAUUCAAAACAAGUUCAGGCAGGCACAGGUUCAGCCCAUGUAAAAUGCAGCCUGCCAAUCACGAACCACUAUUCCUCGGUGCCUGCGGACUUUAAAGAAUCGCUGCAGGCUAGAUCAGCCCCACAGGUGCGCGAGCUCCUAGCAGAGCAGGAAAAGGACAAGAGGCUUUCUUGAGUAUUCAACUCGUAGGACAUACUAAGAAUGGCCAAGGGUGACUCCACUGUGCGCUGCUUCCAAGGUCUUCUGAUUUUUGGAAAUGUGAUUAUUGGAAUGUGUGGCAUCGCCCUGACAGCAGAAUGCAUCUUCUUUGUAUCGGACCAACACAGCCUGUACCCUUUACUCGAAGCCACUGAUAAUGAUGACAUCUAUGGAGCAGCCUGGAUUGGCCUCUUUGUGGGCAUCUGCCUUUUCUGCUUGUCUGUUCUUGGCAUUGUGGGCAUCAUGAAGUCAAGCAGAAAAAUACUUCUGGCGUAUUUUAUUCUGAUGUUUAUAGUAUAUGCCUUUGAAGUGGCAUCCAGUAUCACAGCGGCUGUGCAGCGAGAUUUUUUCACGACCAAUCUCUUCCUGAGGCAGAUGCUGGAAAGGUACCAGAACAAAAGUCAGUCCAGUAAUGAUGACAUCUGGAAAAAUAUGGCCGUGACCGAAACUUGGGACCGCCUCAUGCUCCAGGAAAAGUGCUGUGGUGUGAAUGGUCCAUCAGACUGGCAAAAGUACAAGUCAGCCUUCCGGGAUGAGAAUAAUGAUGCUGACUACCCCUGGCCUCAUCAGUGCUGCGUUAUGGACAAUCUCUAUAAGCCACUCAAUCUCGACGCCUGUAAACUCGGUGUGUCUGGUUACUAUCACAGCAAGGGCUGCUACAAGCUGAUCUCAGGACCAAUGAACCGACAUGCCUGGGGUGUUGCAUGGUUUGGAUUUGCCAUUCUCUGCUGGACUUUCUGUGUUCUCCUGGGCACCAUGUUCUAUUGGAGUAGAAUCGAAUACUGAAAACAAGAGUGGCACCAUUGUUCUUCAUUCCUCCCAAGUCCCUCCAGAGUCGGUGCAUGGACCCAUUCAUUGUCCUCCAGAUACUAUCCCUUUUGUGUUCCAGAGUCAUCGAAGCAUUUUCUACUCAUCAAACUGCCUGGUCUGCCACUGCCAAGGAAGCACACCGACAGUCCCUUUUCUCUUCCUGGAUCCCGUAGCUCUCACAACUAGGGUGUAUCAUCACUGUUGUCUCUUACUGUAAUAUUUCCAUAGAUUUCACCAGGAUGCAAGAUGCAAACGGAAUGUGGACAACAACUGCUCCCAUCAUUAACUCACCCAUUCCCUGUUCACUAUUGGAUCCUGAGACAUUCAAAAGUCCCCUGAUUCCUGAUGUCAGCCAACCUGGCCUGUUUUGUUUGUGCAAACUCAUCGUAGCUUGUUGGUGCUUUUCUAAAUAAUCCAAUUCCACCCAAAGGUGGAGGGCAGAGGGAGUAAAUGCUCCCUAGACCUUGACCUGUGUCAUAGAGACUGAGAGGGCUGAAGGAGGAAGGAGGUAUCAGUUACCUACUGCAAUAGGCUUUCUUUUUGAUUCCUCUGUGUCUAACAACUGUGGAAGCACUCGGUGUUCCUUUCAUGGCUGUCUAUAGUCUGUUCUCAGGGGCAAUUACUUAUUUGACUUCUCAUACCAUAAAGACCAAAAUGAUGAGUACUCUGCUCAGUGGCCCCAAUUUUGCUCUUGCUUUGAAGCUUUAGGGGUCAAUUCCAUGGGUUCCUGUAGGCACAAAAUAGGUUUGUGUGUCUAAUAAAUCUUGGUCUUACAGGUAGGUUUUCAAGCAACUGAACUGAACCCCUUUAAGCAGGGGAAAAUGGGCAUCAUCGACGUCUUGUGAUCAGCUUCAAUUGGUGGGAAUUUGAGGAGGGAAGUCAGAAUAUUUCUCUUUUGUUUAUUUUCACACAUCCUAAGGGUUGCGAUUAUUUCUAAACAUUUCUAUUAAUAAAAAAUGACUUGAGAAAUUA